AUGGAGAAGCCCAAGUUAUCUCAAGAAGAGAAGCAAAAGCUCAAGAAGGCAUUCGACCUCUCCCACUUCGACAUCAACGCCGUCCUGCGGGGUAUCCAGCUAACCUUGGUCGGAGCGCACCGUGCAUUGCAAAAUCCCGAGAUCUUCACCAAUGAUCACUAUAGACAAGCCGCCCUGGCUGUUGCCGCUGGUGUAGUGAUUCGUGUCCUCGUCGCCGUCCCCAUCCUUUCAGUGAAGCUCGGUAUUCGUAUCCUUGCUCUCUUCUUCGACCUUGACCAGGCAUCGUGGGACGACAGCCUCGUCGACACCCUUCAGCUGCUCGCCAACCAUGUCCUUCAAGCACCUCUCUUCCUCAUGACCCUCAUGAGAUACAUUACUCCUACGCUCGACAACAUGUUCAUGGACUCCCUACGCUGGGUAGAUCAGACUUAUGUCCAGAAGCACAAGCACGACAAUCCCGAUUCCCUAAGAGACAUGUACUAUCCAAACUUGCGACAGUACAAGAUCAAAGACGGCAGUACCCACACCACCAGCACAGCCGAAGCCAGCACCAUGUUUGCCGUUCGCUUCGCCCGCAAGGCUGCCAUAUCCUUGGCUGUUUUUGCCCUCUCAUAUGUGCCCUACGUCGGCCGUCUCGUCCUGCCCGCCGCCAGUUUCUACACCUUCAACCAAGCCGUUGGCUUGGGGCCAGCCGCCGCGAUAUUUGGCACUGGCAUUUUCUUUCCCAGACGAUACUUGGUUAUAUUCUUGCAGACCUAUUUCGGUUCCCGCAGUCUGAUGCGCGAACUGCUGGAGCCCUAUUUUGCCCGUAUACACAUGAGCAAGGAGCAGAAGAAGAACUGGUUCCGCAGCCGCGAAGGCCUGCUCUUUGGCUUUGGCAUUGGGUUCUAUGUCCUAGUCCGCGUGCCCCUCCUGGGAGUGCUCAUUUACGGCAUCGCCGAAGCCUCGACUGCCUACCUGAUCACAAAGGUCACUGAUCCUCCUCCACCUCCCGCAGACAGCAAGGACUUUGCCGCGAGCCAGCAGGUUUGGCGGAACAAGCACGAGUUUCUGAGUUUGUCUCUUUUUGAUCUCGAUGCUCUACACAUUGAGCAUGAUGCACCCUCGGCUGCUUCGGACAAAUUUUCAACAAGUGUGGCAGCACAGCAAACUUCUUCUCCUGCUCCCCCUCCGCCAUACCAGGGGCCUUCAGAGCACAAGAAAGAACUAUAG